AUGUUUGACCUGGGGACAGAUCAAGCAUCUCUUUCAUUAGCUACAGAACUACUUGAAGCACCAGGACGCACUAAUGGGGCAGUUUGCAUCCAAACGUAACCUGGCCCAGAGUGUGCACUUUUCCUCCAAUGAGGAGGGACCUCCCAGGUAUUCUUCACACCACUUUAAUGGCGGCACCGUAAAUGGAGGCAAUGGGAUCCGGAUCCCUCCCACCAUCGUCGUCUCUGAUGAGGAGUCCAGAACAUCAGAGCGUCGCGGCUCCAGGGCAGAGCUGCGCAGGGCCUCCGUCUACAGCACCAUGGACCUGGUGCCCCAGCUGGAGAAUUAUGCCAAUUCUUUGCCACGUCAGAUGAUAAAAAGCAGGCCGUCUCUUGAAACCCUGCGCAAAACAUUUGAGGUUGUGGAGAUGGAUGGAGCGUCCGCCUCUGACUCAGGCAGCCUGCCAGCACCAGAUAUGGAAAACGAAGAGUCUGAAGGUCCUAAGGGCAAAGCUCCAGUUAGAUUUGGCUGGCUAAUCGGCGUCGUGAUGCGCUGCAUGCUGAAUAUUUGGGGGGUUAUCAUGUUCUUGCGCUUGUCAUGGAUCACGUCUCAGGCAGGCAUUGUGUUGACUUGUGUAAUUAUCAUGAUGUCCGUGGUGGUGACCACUGUGACUGCACUGUCCAUCUCUGCUAUUGCCACCAAUGGGAGGGUGAUAUCAGGCGGUGCAUAUUUCAUGAUCUCCCGUACUCUGGGUCCUGAAAUUGGAGCACCAAUUGGACUGGUGUUCUCUUUUGCAAACGCGCUGGCCUGUGCACUCCACACUGUUGGUUUUUCAUUGGUGGUUCGUGAUUUGAUGCAUGACUUUGGUGCCAUCAUGGUGGAUUCGAUCAAUGACGUCCGCAUUGUGGGUGUAGUCACAGUCACAAUUCUUCUUCUGAUUACUCAGGCUGGAAUGGAGUGGGAGUCCAAGGCCCAGAUUUUGUUCUUCAUAGCGCUUAUGGUGUCCUUCGCAAACUACAUUAUUGGCACCGUAAUUCCUCCAACCGUUGAUAAGAAGGCUAUCGGCAUCUUCGGAUACCGAGGCGAUAUUUUUAUCGAGAACCUCACACCAAACUGGCGAGGCCCUCAAGGCUAUUUUUUCCAGAUGUUUGCCAUUUUCUUUCCUGCUUGUACUGGCAUUUUGUCUGGGGUCAACAUCUGUGGAGAUCUAAAGGACCCUGCAUCAGCUAUCCCAAAAGGCACAUUGAUGGCUAUUUUUUGGACAACAUUCAGCUACGUGGUAAUAACAGUAACUACUGGCUCAUGUGUAGUGCGGGACGCCUCUGGGAACAGAAGUCACAUCAUGACAGGAAACAACACGAAUGGUUGCGUGGGACUGGCGUGUAACUUUGGUUGGAACUUCACAGACUGUAUCCAGUCGCAGACCUGUCGAUUUGGACUCGCCAACAACUUCAAUGUUCUUGGACAACUCUCUGGUGUUUACUACAUCAUCCUUGUGGGUAUCUUUGCUGCCACUUUGUCUUCUGCCCUGGGUUUUCUUGUCUCUGCACCCAAAAUCUUUCAGUGCCUAUGCAAGGACCAAAUAUACCCGUACAUCGGUUUCUUUGGGAAAGGUUAUGGGAAAAACAACGAGCCACGUCGAGCUUACAUUCUCUCCUACUUUAUUGCUACAGCCGUCAUCCUUGUUGCGGACCUCAACUCCAUCGCUCCCAUCAUCUCUAAUUUCUUCCUUUGCUCCUAUGCCCUGAUUAACUUCAGUUGUUUUCAUGCGUCCUUCACCAAUUCCCCUGGCUGGAGGCCGUCCUUCCGCUACUACAGCAAAUGGACGGCACUGUUUGGAUCGUUCAUAUCUUUUUUGCUGAUGUUCCUGUUCACCUGGUGGGCCGCUCUGGUCACCUGUUGCAUCAUCAUCUUCCUCUUUGGAUACGUCAACUACAACAAACCGAAGGUAAACUGGGGUUCGUCGGUGCAGGCAGGCAUAUACAACAUAGCUUUGUCUUCCUCCGUCUCUCUGACCGGAGUGGAGGAUCAUGUGAAGAAUUUCAGGCCCCAAUGUCUCGUCCUGACUGGCCCUCCAAACCAGCGGCCUGCACUGGUGGACUUUGUUGGCUCUUUCACGAAGCACGUCAGCCUCAUGAUCUGUGGUGAUAUAAUACUGGAGCAGGACAGGAAGACGCGGCCUCAGGACACCACAAACUACCUGGUUAAGUGGAUGAACAAGAGAAAGGUGCGGUCGUUCUACACUCCUCUCACUGCUGACAACUUAAAGGCAGGAACUAAGCAGCUGCUACAGGCGUCCGGUCUUGGUAAACUGAAACCCAACACUCUGGUUCUGGGCUUCAAGACGAACUGGAGGGACAGCGCUCCGGAAAGCAUCGAGGAUUACAUCAGCACCAUUUAUGACGCGUUUGACUCCAACUACGGUUUGUGCAUCUUGAGAAUGAUGGAUGGACUGGAUAUCUCUGAUGAUUUAGAAUUUGAAGGUGGUUUGAACCCCACAGUCAACCAGGGCUUUGAGGCCGAUGAAAAUGUGGACAAUCCGGACCAGCAAACCAACGAAGAGGAAACGGCUGAUGACAUGUCUGACGAAGGCAGCAGCGAUCAGAUGAGGACCGUGUUUCAAAACAACCAGGGAAAGAAAACCAUCGAUGUCUACUGGAUAGCAGACGAUGGAGGUCUGACUCUACUGGUGCCCUACCUGAUCACCAGGAGGAAACGCUGGCGCCGAUGCAAGGUCCGGGUUUUCAUUGUGGGCGACGAACAAAACAUGGAGGAGGGUCGCAACCAGAUGAUGGCUCUGCUGAAGAGGUUUCGUUUGGACGUUAGUGAUGUUAUAGUCAUGACAGAUAUUGAGAAACACCCUCAUCCAAAAAGCUUGAGCAGAUUUGUGGACAGCGUCGCCCCCUUCAGGCUGCACGAUGAGCAGCAGGAAGGCAUCUCUGUACAGGAGCUGAGACAAAGCACUCCGUGGAAGAUGUCUGACAAACAAUUUGAAGCCUUUAAGCUGAAGUCUGAGAGAAAGGUGAGGCUGAAUGAAAUCAUUCGGAAGAAUUCCCACCACACCGCUCUUGUUCUAGUGAGCCUUCCAGUUCCUCAAAGCGAUUGCCCCAGCGCUUUGUACAUGGCCUGGCUGGACACUCUGUCGCGUGGCCUUCACUGUCCCGCCGUGUUGAUACGAGGAAACCAACAGAACGUCCUCACGUUCUACUGCCAGUAAAACUAGCGGUGCACCCAUCCACUUUUUCCACUUCCGAUAUUGAUAUCUGAGGUUUAGCAUCACUCGAUAAAUUUACUACAUUAGUGAAACGUGAAAAAUAAACUGCAACAAAUCUGAAAGGACGACGGCGCUCAGAGCACAAAGCAUAGAAUUAAACUGAAUAGAUCAGCCCCUAUGAACUGGACACGUUGUCACUGAUACUCCAAUUUUUUUUUUUUUUUUUCAAUAUCAGAACCGAUACAGAUAUUUUAUAUCGGAUCUGUGCAUCUCUAAGUUAAAUUUCAUGUUCAGACAUGGGAUUGCAAUACGAAUGAUGAACUGUUCUGUACAUAAUUCUGAAAAAUAGCAAGAAAAUGUUGAAAUAUGUAUAUGUCUGUAAUGUUAUUACAAAAGUAGAUGUAGCUAUCAGUAUGAAAAAGAUGUUGUAGCUCCUGCUGGAAUCAAAUAAGUUAAUGUAUAUAAGUUUUAGUCAAGACCAUCUAACCUGAGACCAAAACAAGACCAAGAGUUUUAGGAUCCGAGACCAAGGCCAGCCCAAGUCCAGCCCCUCGCUCUACAUGACACAAUCAAAUGUGAAAUAUGAUCAAAAUUGCAAAUCAAAUUGAUCUGAAAGAUUCACAUUCUCAUAAAAACACCUAGAUAUUAAAUACUUCAAUCUGAAAUCAAUUUAACCAGUUUUAAACACAAACUCUUUGUUCUGCUUAUCUAAAAAGACGGGAUGCUCCGAUCAGGUUUUUUGAUGCUGAUUCCUGGACUGGUUAUUAAUUUUUUUGAUCUUGUGUUUUAUUUAUUUGCCAACUAAAUAAAUAUCAAUGUAUAUAAUUAAAUAAAAAUAACGAUAGCUACUGCAGUGCACGCAGAGCAUUACAAGAACAAAGAAUGGCUCUCAGUGAGGCUCCAGUCCUGUCGUCUUAGUAAAGAGAAGUUCAGAGACUCGGAUCGUUCAUCACUAUAUUGCAGACUUUUGGACACAGUGUCCUGAAUGUGCUCCACAUUCAUCAACACUUCCGCACAAUAAUUCAGCGCAGUGAGUAACUUUUUU